AUGGGCGGCCGCAGCGGGGUUUUUACUGGCCCUGGCUACGACAAGGCUCGGGGACCCCAACGCACAGCCCGCAAGGUUGCCGGGGGAGCCGCAAGGGACAGGUCAGCCGUGGCAGGACCAGGCAAGUUCGGGGGCACCAGAGUGGGGCUCGACUACGACGACCUCUACCACGGAGCCCUGGAGCCCGCAGACAGCACGACCCUCCGGAAGUACGCCGGCGCCCUCCUCGAGAACCCGAUCCGCCGCAAGAACCGGAAGCUUCGCGAGCUCGACCGCUACGGAUGGGGCACAGCCUACCUCGUCUUCUACCACGGAGACCGGGACCCCACCAGUUACACGAUCCUCCGGGAGCACGCCCUCAACGGAAGCAUCUACAACGACGUCUACCACAGGCAUCAGCGCUACUUCGAGGACCCCUUCGAGCACCCGAUCAGCCGCAAGUACCAGGAGCUUCGCGAGCCCUACCUCUGCAGAACACUGGGGACCCAUCCUGUGGGAAAUGGCCUCGACGACCUCUACCUCAACGGCAGCUUCGUCUCCACAUCCAAGCCGUUUGCCCCGCCCUACGAUCCCACCACGGAUCCCUGGGACACGCCAUGGCCCCCUCAGACACACGAGCAGCCCGGCACAGACAACACCCACGGGGAACGUCCCCCUCCCGACGACUCGGACCGCACAGCAACGCCGGCAGCACACUCCCAGCAAGCACAGGCACAAGCAGCAGCACCGGCAGGCCAACCACUCGAGUCAGACGACGAGGAGCUCCCACUCGCCCCCCCCGAGGAGGACGAGGCACCAGCCACACAAGCAGCCAUCUGGGCCAGUCUCACAGCCGACCCUGGCCAGCACCACGACAGGAACGACCACCAACUCGAAGCUUACCUCCACAGCCACCGGCCACCGCCACCACACGAACCGGCGUCCUCCUCUACGGACCCUGCCCCCGCCUCCAUGGGCAAAGCGACCCAGAAGCCCCUGCUAAAGAGCCACCCCAGCGGCCAGCCGGACAGCAACCCAGCCAAGGCAAGCAUGCCACCAAGACCCCUGCCACGAAACAACCACCGCCAGCAAGCUGCUAGCCACACUCCACCGGCCCAGACCGUCGACCCACCAACGGAGGACCUAUGGUCGCAACUGCGAGCCACCCUGAACCAACUGGACGGCGACCCAGUCCUGUCUACGGGCGCCAUCAGCUCCACAGAUGUGUCCGUCCCACCCACGGUGACACCGGACUUACCACCAUCACGGCAACAGCCGGAACCACCACAACCACCACAGCAGGAGGCAGAAGCACAAGACGAACAGGAAGAGCCAGCAGAAGAGGCAGAUGACCAGGAGGCCCCCAGCCACGAGGCCGGCCCAUCGCAGAAUGGCUCACAAUGGGCCGAUGAGACCAGGACGCCACCACAACAGCUUCCUGACCACCCACAGCCACAGCAGCCAGAGGGGACCGACCGAAGGACCCGCCACCACAGGGCAGUCCGCCGAGUCCCCAACAACGGCAGGGACCCAUCCACCCCACACCCAACCACAGCCGAUUCCAACGAUCCAGACCACGAGCCACGGAACACGCCCCCAGCAUCCGCUGCAGCCAGCUCCGGGGCUCACACAGACCCCGAGGGGACCCCGCAACCUCCAACGGGCAGAGCGGAGAAGCACAACAGGUGGCCUGGAGAACAGAGGACCCGCAACAAAGAACACAAAUCGGCCGUGCAGGCCGCUUUUCAGCAAAGGGGAUGGGUGAAACCAGAGCACCUCACGUGGAAAGAGGCAGAAAAGUGGCUGUAUCCGCCUGGCCAGCGGUCCCAAGCCAGGCCACAGGAGGAAGAAACCAACUGGGCAGAGCUGCUCAACCGCCACCUCCUGCCCAUCGGAGCCCUGCCCCAGCAAGGAGGGACCCACCCAGCAGGGCAAGCCACCAGCAGCCAACAGACCCCCACGGCGACACCACAGAGCGCCACCCAAAACCCCCUGCUGGACCCCAACCAACACCCGAGCCCGGCCAAUACCGACACCACUGCAGCAGCUACUCUCCAGGACACCUCGCAACCACACGAACCACCGCCCGCAUCCACAGCCACCGCAGCGGGAGCAACAGAAGACUACGACUACAACAUGCCCCCACACCACAGCGAGGACCCUCGAAGCAAGCAAGGCACAGCAGCCCGGGCGGACGCGGAAGCCAGGGGACUUGCGGAGCCUACCCUCUCCCACACAGCAAGUACACAGGCCACUGGCCACGACCCAAGGCCCCGCCCGCAGCAAGCGGCCGCGAACCGCACACAACCGGGGGACCCCCGACGACCCAGGCAGUACCGUCAGCGCCUCCACCUCAGACCCCACAAGGCGCUUGUGACGUGGCUGGAGAAUGGCACCCCUCCCACCCUCCCCCCAACGUUCCCACUGAGACGAAACAAUAACUUGGUGUGCCUCUAUCGGGGAAACGGGCGCUGGGAUAUGCGGGUCAUACUGACCUCUCCAGGGGGCCGCCCCUUUGUAGCGCAAGGGACAUAUCCACAAGUCCUUCUCGAUCCAACCAACACUGCUGGCCACGACCUCUUCCUGCCGGAGGGUGUGUCCAUGCUUGCAACCCCGCUCGGGGACUAUGCAAGCUGUGCCCACCAGAAGUGGGACCUGACGACAUCCCUGCUACCAAAGGCCUAA